AUGUAUAGUAAGCCAAAGACGAAAAAAGGCAGCAUUGCAAAAAGUAAUAAUCAGAAACUAAACAAAUAUGAUGAUGAGAUAACUAAAUUGAUUGGAAUUCAUUAUCAUAAUGAAUUCCUUUGUAAAAGACUAGAUAUGCUUGAAGAAUGGAUAAAUACAGGGCAGGUAUUUCUACCGGAGAUUUUUGAACUGAUGAGUAAAUAUCAUGAUAAUAAUUCCUUUGGUUCUGUUGAAAAUUUUAAAAGCUUGGUUCAAAAAACAAUUGAUUGUUUAGAUCAAUAUUUCACUCUCAAGAUCAAGAUUCGUAAGUACAUCGAGGAUGUUGAGGGAAAAAAUGUUUGUGAGAUCACAAACAUUCGUGAUGAUCUACGCACUAUGCUAAAUUCAUAUAAAACAUCUAAGGAGGAAAAGAAACGGAUUAACCAGUUGAAUAAUGAAUGCGAGAAGUUCUGCAAGCCAUUCUUUACUGUGCCUACUGCUGUAAAGAUGAUGGAAUGGAUACUUGUAUGCAUGGUAAUUAUUCUACUGAUUGCAUCUUAUGUGCUAUCCAGUGUAUUUGAGAUGGAUGUCUAUGAGAUUGUGUAUGUUAAGUAUGCAGUUGAGGUGAUUUGUUCAUUGAUACCUCUUGCAGCUAGUGCAUGGAUGAUAUACAGAAUCAACAGAUGCAUGCACAACGGAAUAGAUACAAGGGCGGCACUCGUGAAGAUAAUUCCAUUGGUGAUAAGUGGAAUGUUAACGAUGGUUUAUGUAGUGAAUAGUGUGAUGAAGAGAUAUGUGUUUGAUGUAAGCAGUGUAAUGAUAAUGUUUGGGAUGGCGUUGAUGAGUGUAGUGAUGAUGAGAUACAUUGUGAAUGAGAAAUUAUCGAUUGUGGACUGGAUUGUGAAUGUUGUUGCGCUUACACUGGCGAUAUCUUCACAGAUAGACAGGAUAGUUCAUGCUGAGGACAAUGGGGUGAUUAAUGAGAAGCUGAUGAAGAUGGUGAUAGUUAUUGUAGCGAUGCUUGUGCUCUUGUGGAAUUUGUUGCUGAAGAAGGUGAUUAUGGGAGAUAAUUUUAAUAGAAAAAAAAAUCUUAAUAUGAAUGAUCGAGAUGAACCGAAACGAAGGGAAAGUCUGAUGAAGAGUUUGUUGAAUUACCUACUGGUGGUGAUGAUGGCAGCAAUGAUAGUUAUUGAGACAGGGAAUGAUUUUGUAGCGGCACAAAUCAGGAAGUACAUGAAUGCAACGAAUGUAAAUGAUGUAUCAGUGGUAUAA